AUGUUGAUGGCUUUCCUAUCAGACAAGAAGACCAUUUCCUAUGCUGGCUGUUUUAUCCAGUGUUAUGUUUUCAUUGCACUCCUCCUUACUGAGAUCUACAUGUUGGCAGCAAUGGCCUAUGACCGUUAUGUGGCCAUAUGCAACCCACUGCGCUACAGUGUGAAAUUGUCCAGGAGAGUCUGCAUCUGCCUGGCCACAUUUCCUUAUGUCUAUGGAUUCUCAGAUGGUCUCUUCCAGGCCAUCCUGACCUUCCACUUGACCUUCUGCAGAUCCAAUGUCAUCAACCACUUCUACUGUGCUGACCCACCACUCAUUAAGCUUUCUUGCUCUGAUACUUAUGUCAAGGAACAUGCCAUGCUCAUAUCAGCUGGCUUUAACUUCUCCAAUUCCCUCACCAUCAUCCUGGUGUCCUAUGCCUUUAUUAUUGCUGCCAUCCUCAGGAUGACAUCAGCUAAAGGAAGGCACAAGGCAUUCUCCACCUGUGGUUCUCACAUGAUGGCUGUCACCUUAUUUUAUGGAACCAUCUUCUGCGUGUAUGUAAGACUACCAACAAAUAAGACUGUCGAGGAAUCCAAAAUAAUAGCUGUCUUCUACAUCUCUGUAAGCCCAGUGCUUAAUCCACUGAUCUAUAGUCUGUGA